AUGUAAAUGAAGAUCAAGGGUGGAUUUGAAGAAAUGCAAAGUGAGUUGUUGCCAGUCAGCAUGUCCGAGACCGAGCACAUGGCCUCAAUUUCUUCUGAUGCAGACACUGGGAAAAGCCCUGAGCUAGAGGAAGACUCGGGCAACCCAUUUUCUGGUGAUGAAAGCAACAAAUUAGAAACCAAAUCUGAACUGUUGUCAUUGAACUCUGACAAAAUUUUAUGUCAACCUAAUGAACACAGUAACCAAAUUGAACAAGAAAACCAUAUUACAGACUGUGGUGGUGGUGAGAAUUCUUGUGCUAAAACAGACACAUGCUCAGAAAACUCUGAACAAGCAGAUGAUAUUCCUGCUGGGGACUUUGCAAAACAACCAUCAAAAACAAGUGACCCGGAACCAACAACGGUGACACAGAUACUGGCAGAGUUAAGGUCGUCUGCAUUCACAGAAGCCAGUAAUGCAAAGCCUUCCUCUGGGGCAAGCCUCUACGAUACGGACUGCACCAGGACACUCCUUUCUCAGAUAAAGACUGCCUCAGCAUCAGAAGAUUUGUUGGGAGAAAUCGAGACUGAGCUCUUAUCUGCAGAGUUCACCGAGGAACACCAAGUACCAAAUGGGGUAAAUAAAGGAGAGCAGGCCUUAGCCCUGUUUGAGAAGUGUGUGCAGGGCAAGUACUUGCAGCAGGAGCUCACUAUCAAAAAGUUAAUUAAAGAAAAUAAGAAUCAUCAGGAACUCAUCUUAAAUAUUUGCUCAGAAAAGGACAAUUUAAGAGAAGAACUGAAAAAAAGAACAGAAACAGAGAAGCAGCAUAUGAACACAAUUAAACAGUUAGAAUUACGAAUAGAGGAACUGAAUAAAGAAGUUAAAGCUUCCCGAGAUCAGCUGGUAGCACAGGAUGCCACAGCUAAAAAUGCAAUUCAGCAAAUCCACAAAGAGAUGGCCCAGAGGAUGGACCAGGCCAAUAAGAAAUGUGAAGAGGCCCGCCAAGAGAAGGAAGUGAUGGUAAUGAAGUAUGUGAGAGGUGAGAAGGAGUCUCUAGACCUUCGAAAAGAAAAAGAGACACUUGAGAGGAAACUUAGAGAUGCAAAUAAGGAAUUGGAGAAAAACACUAACAAAAUUAAGCAGCUUUCUCAGGAGAAAGGGCGGCUGCAGCAACUUUAUGAAUCAAAGGAAGGUGAAACGUCUAGACUCAUCAAAGAAACGGACAGAUUAAAGGAGGAGAUCAGCUCUUAUGUCAUUAAAGUAAAGUGGGCACAAAACAAGUUAAAGGCUGAAAUGGACUCACACAAGGAAACCAAAGAUAAACUCAAAGAAACAACAACAAAAUUAACACGGGCAAAAGAAGAAGCUGAUCAGAUCAGGCAAAACUGUCAGGAUAUGAUAAAAACAUACCAGGAGUCAGAAGAAAUCAAGUCAAACGAGCUUGAUGCAAAGCUCAGAGUCACAAAAGGAGAACUUGAAAAACAAAUGCAAGAAAAGUCUGACCAGCUGGAGCUGCAUCAUGCCAAAAUAAAGGAACUGGAAGAUCUGAAGAGGACAUUUAAGGAGGGUAUGGAUGAGCUCCGGACACUGAGAACAAAGGCGAAAUGUCUGGAAGAUGAACGCUUAAGGACUGAAGAUGAAUUAUCAAAAUACAGGGAAAUUAUUAAUCGUCAGAAAUCGGAAAUUCAGAAUUUACUGGACAAAGUGAAAAUGGCAGAUCAGGUACAGGAGCAGCUUCAAAGUGGUAAACAAGAAAUUGAACAUUUGAAGGAAGAAAUGGAAAGCCUUAAUUCUUUGAUUAAUGACCUACAGAAAGACAUCGAAGGCAGCAGGAAAAGGGAGUCUGAGCUCCUGCUGUUCACGGAAAAGCUCACUAGUAAGAACGCACAGCUGCAGUCUGAGUCCAGCUCUUUGCAGUCACAAGUGGAUAGCCUCUCCUGCAGUGAGAGCCAGCUACAAAGCCAGUGCCAGCAAAUGACACAGACCAAUGCUAACUUGGAGAGCAGAUUGCACCGAGAGGAAGAGCUGCGGAGAGAGGAAGUACAGAGCCUGCAGGCCGAGCUCUCUGCCACUCAGGCAGAGGUCAAAGCCCUGGGCACCCAGGUGGAGGAACUGAAAGACGAGUUAGUGACACAGAGGCGCAAGCUUGCCGCCAACGUCAAGGACCUCAGCAAGCAGCUUCAGCAAGCACGGAGAAAAUUAGACCAGACUGAGAAUGGAAACUACGACAGAGAAGUCAGCAGCAUGGGGAGCCGCUCUAGCUCAUCAGGCUCACUUAAUGCUCGCAGCAGUGUUGAAGAUCGAUCUCCAGAGAAUACCAGCUCCUCAGUGGCUGUGGACAACUUCCCAGAAGUGGACAAGGCCAUGCUGAUUGACAGGAUAGUGAGGCUGCAGAAAGCUCAUGCCCGGAAGAAUGAGAAGAUAGAGUUCAUGGAGGACCACAUCAAACAGCUGGUGGAAGAGAUGAGAAAGAAAACCAAAAUAAUUCAGAGUUACAUUUUACGAGAAGAAUCAGGCACACUUUCUUCAGAAGCCUCUGACUUUAACAAAGUGCAUUUGAGUAGACGCGGUGGCAUCAUGGCGUCCUUAUACACGUCCCACCCCGCUGAUAGCGGGUUAACCCUGGAGCUCUCUUUGGAAAUCAACCGAAAAUUACAGGCUGUUUUGGAAGAUACAUUGCUAAAAAAUAUUACUUUGAAGGAAAACCUGCAAACACUUGGAACAGAAAUAGAACGCCUUAUUAAACACCAGCAUGAACUGGAGCAGAGGAUGAAGAAAACCUAACACAAAAGCUCUUGCCCAGUAGACAAACGAGCCACAGAGCAGCAGGUGCCACUGUCCAGUGUCCUGAAACAGCCCUUGCUUUGUGUCAACUAAUCAAAGAUUGCUUUCACUUCCCUGUG